CUAAAAGGGACGCGUUCGGGUUUGAGUUUUAACUCAUUGGACUUCAUUCAUUCACUUAAAUUUUACUCGUUCCAGGAGCGACAGAGGGCUAGUUUUUAAACUUUUUUUUUUUUUUAAUUAUUAUUAAAUUACAUUCAGUUAAAAGAAUGUUUUAUUAUCCUAAUGUACUUAAUCACAGAACUGGAUGCUUCGCUAUAAUAUGGCUGGCAGCCACGAAGGCCAGGAAGAUGAACCGGCGAGAUCUGCUGAAGGUUAACAUUCAGAGCACAUGCACUGACAUCAUGAACUACGUGUUGGUGCGAGUUCCUCCUCUGGCUGCAGGUCUUCCGCGGCCUCGCUUCUCCCUCUACCUCUCCUCCCAGCUGCAGUACGGAGUCGUGCUCGUCUUCCACCGCCAGUGCCAGCUGCUGCUAGAGGAGAUCCAGGAGGCCAUUGACAGGCUGCACCGUUACCGUGUACAGUUGCCAAUCGACAUGCUGCCUGAGGAGAUCAGACAAACGCAAACACUUCCUGAUGCGCUCGCGCUUCUGACUGAGUCGGAAGGGGCGCAAGAUCCAUUCUUUGGAUCAAUGGAGUUUGGUAUGCCCAGUCCGAGGCACCUCAUGCAGCUGGCUCAGGAAAUGGGCGUGGUUACUCCGGAGAGUCUACUGUCUCCACGUUUAGAAGGCAUCACAGCAAGUCAGGAGUCUAUCACGAUGACAGAGCGGGAACCCGUUAUCAUGCAUGAGCCUGAGUUUGAAGGGGCGGAGCUGCAGGAGAUUGAUAUGAUCGAAAUGCUGCUGGAGCAAUCGGAUCAGUUCCCAGAGGGUGAGGAGGAGAGAGAACGUGAGGCAGAACAGGCAAGGCAGCGAGAGAGAAGGGAAAGAGAGGGAGAAAGAGAAGAGGAUGUAGAGCAAGAACGAGCAGCGGCAGAAAUAGAGAGGACAAGGGAUCUGACGGGGUCUACCCUCCUCAUGGAGCAGGCUCAAAGCACUGAAGUAACGAGCAGAGACAUCGUGUCAGUGCCUGAGGAGGUGGAACUGCCCGCUGUGAUGCCCGAGCCAGAUGAGAGAGAGAGGACCCCGGAGCCAGUCCCUAUCCCACCGUCCCCACCAAGCCCAGAGAGGAGGGAGCGGCGGAGAGAGAGUCCCCGUCUGGAGGAGCUUGUUCCGAUCCCAGAGGCCCCUGUGGAGAGACAAACGAGGAGGAAGAGGCAGCUGGUGUUUAUGGAUGAAGACAUACAGAUAUCGCAGGAAGCACUGCAAGCCCAGAUUAAUGAUCCAAGCAUUGAAACCAAAUCUUUGACGGAUGUUCUGAUCAGACCACCUUCUCAAGUGAGCAAACCUAAAGUACUCCUGAGUAACCCCUGCAUGAGCCUUCCCGCUGAUAUUCUGGAGUUGUGGAAGCAGGGCGCAGUCAUCCAUCACAUCCGUCGAUCCAAACGCCACAGGGAGGUUGAAGACGAGGAUCUGGAGGCCGUACGAGAAAGGGAGAGAGGAAGAGAGGAGCAAGAAGAGGGAGAGCUCAGAGAGAUACCCACAGAGAUAGUGGAGUCAGGCGUCUCACGAUACGAUACACCAGUUUCUUCUCUGGUGAUGGAGGUAACAGACAAAGAAAUCUCGCCUGUGGAGACUCCCGAGACUCGUCGGUCUCCUGUUCCCGUGUCCGUGUGUGGUUUGGAGGACAUUCCCGAGGAGAGGGUCCCUGAAUUGGAGGAUGUCAUGAUGGAUGUUGAUCCUCUCAGGCGAAUGGCUGCUAUUGGGGAGGAUGAAGUGACGUUUCACUCCCUACUGCCCCCUAGAGUCAGGCGCAGAACCAUCGCUCAGGCUUUCUGGAGGCUGCUGGAGCGGAUUGACAUGAAAGAGGUCGCUGUGCGACAGGACGAGCCGUAUGGUGACAUCAUCAUCAUCUCUGUGAUACAGCAGCCCCAUCUGAUCGAGACACCACUGGCAUGACUGCUUUUUCAUUUUCAUGCCAGUCUUUUUCUUUUUAAAUUUUUUUUUUUCUUUAAAUGAGUUGAAACGUAGGUUGUUAAAGUUCAUGAAGAAUUCUUUUAACAUUUCAAACACUAUUAAGUUAUCGACUUUAAAAGGAAGACAUUAUAUAACAAUAUGUUGUUAACCCUGAAAGUAUUUAUUUAUUGAAAUCGAGUUCUGCUUAAUAAUUGAGUCUCGUCACUUUAAAACGUUUUUAUUGAAUGUUGGUUGCGAAACUUUUGAAAUGUUAUCAUUGUUCGAAUGAUUUAUUAUGAUAUUUGUAUACCGUGUUUUAAAAACCAAAAAAACAUUUUAUGAGGUUAUUUCACAGUUUUAAUUUCAUGUAUUUUGAUGCUGUCAUUACUGUGGGUUUUUUUUUUUUAGUUUUCAUUUUAUGACAUCUGAAAGCAGCAUUUUAGUAUUUGUGAAUUAUUUAACAACGUGAUUUGUUACUGAUUAAUCAAUACAAUCAAUUACAACAGCACAAAUAAGCUUGACAUGGGUUAAGAACAUGUCUGUUUUAUUAUGUUGGAGGCAUUAAAGAGUUUGAGUGGCUGUGGAGAAUGAAAUAUUUUAUUUUGGCUGUUGAUAAAUAAAUAAUAUGAAUAAAAUCUUUACAAAAUGACACCAGUAAAAUUUCAAACACCAGUAGAACUGCGCUAAGUCCCUUGAUAUGAUGGGCGUAUUCAUAAGACAUUUGUACAUUGCUCGAACACAUCAUAAGGUAUUUCUGAAUGUUUAAAUCAACUUUCAUGACAUUUUCUAAUUUGCAUGACAUUAAUAUGAACUACUGUAUCAUUCGUUGUCCAUUUACCUCAACAAAGCAUGUGAUGGGAAAAAGCCCAACAAUAUUUACAUUUACCUUUAUUUACAAGUAACAAAAUUUGAGUACAUAUUUGUUAAUAUAUGAAUAGGGACAAAAAUAACCCCAAAAUAAGAUACGGAAAAUUUCCAGUAAAUUUGGCCUUACUUUUCGGAUUGUUUACUUUUUUUUCUUUCUUUGUUUUGUAGCUGAUUUGUUAUGUUGAAGUGCAUUUUCCUUUAUUCCAUUAAAAAAAAAAAAAAACUAUGGAGGUGUAAACUUUUA